AUGACGACGCGGCGCCGCAGCUCGGCCUUGUCGACGUCGCGGACCCACACCCCGCACGCGCGGACCGACUCCCAGAUCGACAUCCGCGCCGACGACGCCCGCCUCUCAGCCACCGAAAUCGACGAGGCCCGCCCCUACGCGGAGCUCUGGAUGGGCACGCACCCGGCCGCGCCCUCCGCCGUGCUCCCCGGCGGCGAGCUGCUCGGCGCCUGGCUCGCGCGCCACCCCGCCGCGCGCUGGGCCUAUGGCGACGCCUGGCGCCGCUGCAAGAAGAUGGCCGUCGUGCACCUCCUCUCCCAGCGCCACGCCGACUCGUUCGCCCCCGUGCGCGCCGCCGAGGCGGCCGCCCUCAUCGCAGGAGCCAGCCGCGGCGCGGAGGCGGGUGAGGCCGUGGAGCUUAGGGAGCUCCUGUACGGCUAUAUGUGUGAUUAA